AUGGCAUUUUUUCUUUUCAAUUAGUUAAGUCUGUCUAUGAAGAACAAGCCUCCAUACAAAAGUUCCGGCCGGAGUCAAUAGGGGUAGAACUAUACGUACCAGUGUUUCGGCCUGCAAAGUCUAAAUAGGGUAGGAUGCUGUGAGACUUAAAUCACACACGAGAUGUUCUGCUUGUUUGAGCCAUGAAUCUUCAGAGAACAUCAGCAGAGUACCGGAAUGGGACAUCUCUCGACGAAGGUGCAGACAACCCUUCGCCGUCUGUCCAUGGAGAAGAUAAAAAGGACAUCGAGAUGGCCUCGGCAAAAUCCGGACCGUCUUAUGAGGUGACGACGAUGAACGCGGAUACGAUGACAACAGCACCCGUAUACAAAGUCUAUAAACGACGCUUUUUCGGGUUAUUGCAGCUGGUUCUGUUGAAUAUUGUGAUUAGUUGGGAUUGGUUAACCUUUUCUUCAAUCUCGAGUACAUCGGCCGAAUAUUUCAGUGUAUCAGAAGCCACGAUCAAUUGGCUGAGUACGGCUUUUCUAUUUGCUUUUUGUCUGGCUACACCUGUGGUGAUGUACAUGUUGAACAAAGGAGGUCCCAGAGCGGUCUUCAUCACCGCCUCGGUACUCAUCCUAGUAGGUAACUGGAUCCGAUAUGCCGGCACCAAAGCGAACAACGGUAUCUUCGGCGUGGUCAUGUUUGGACAGUUGCUACUAGGUCUCGCUCAGCCGUUUGCUCUCGCUGCACCAACCAGAUAUAGCGACUUGUGGUUUUCAGAAAAGGGCCGAACGAGUGCGACUGCGUUGGCGACUUUGGCCAAUCCACUGGGAGCAGCUAUUGGUGAGCUCGUCGAUUCUGUGUGGACUUCCGAACCGGGAGAUAUACCCAACAUGGUCCUCUAUAUCUCUGUCAUAUCAACUGUCGCUUGCGUUCCAUCAUUUUUCAUCCCAGCAAAGCCUCCAACACCACCAUGUGCCUCUGCCGAAGUAAUUAAAACUCCUUUCCUCGAAUCAGUCAAGGGCAUCUUCCGAGUUCGCGAAUUCUGGCUCAUGUUCAUCCCCUUUUCCGUGUACGUUGGCUUCUUCAACAGUGUCUCAGCCCUAAUCAAUCAGAUCCUGGAGCCAUACGGAUUCUCCGAAACCGAAGCCGGCGUUGCAGGCGGUGUUCUCAUCAUCGCCGGCUUGAUAUCCUCUGCAAUCGUCUCACCCAUCAAUGAUCGUUUCAAGAAGUACCUACUCAUCAUACGAAUUGCCAUUCCCAUCCACGCUAUCUGUUACAUAGCCCUCUAUUUCGCACCCUCGAGUCCAUACGGACUUACCCCCAGUAUCGUCGUAUGCGCACUCCUAGGCGCAAGCGCAUUCGCACUCUUACCGGUUGCGCUCGAAUUUAUCGUCGAAAUCACAUAUCCUUACUCGCCGGAAAUCGGCAGCACACUGCUUUGGACCGGUGGUCAAGUGCUUGGCGCUAUAUUCACAAUUAUCCAGACAGAGCUCAAGGCUGGUCCAAAUGCCGAUCCGCCAGCGAAUAUGAAGAAAUCACUUAUUUUUAGUGCCGUGGUGGCUUGCGUAGCUGCUAUAUUCCCGUUGACGCUGGGUAUGUUCGGGUCUAAUGUCAUUAACAGGCGGUUGGAAGCGGACCAGGCGCGAUAUACAGGUACUGUGCAGUUGGAGAAUCGGGGUAACGGCAUUCAUUGAUUAGUAAUUGGAUUAUAUUGUGGAAGUUGGAUUACCUGGCGAGCGCCCAUCUUGCUAUUGACGUCGAUGAAUUUUGUUUAUUUUUCAUUAUAUAUCCCUCCCUCAUUUCUCUGCAAAUAGUGUACAUAUGCUGAUCCAUCGGACCCAAUGACGGAGCUCGCGUUUCGAACAUUGAAAUCUUCCAUGGACAUAUUUAGUACGAAUGGCAAAGGAUCUUGAUUUACCAC